AUGGGUGAGCAGAAGGACCGGUGGACAUGGGAGGUCCCUGGUUUCGAGCCGAGGAAGCCGCUGGAGCAGGAUAAUCGCCGCAAACAUGGCGUCCUUCAGCAGAACAGGCAGGGUUCAGCCACUGCAGCUCUGACGCGGAGGUACUCAAUCUCGGCAGCGUCUGUGGGUUCCCAUCCUGAACUCUCCAAAACCUCCGUCGGCGUGAAGCUGCAGAAGCUGAAGGACCAAGUCAAGGUACUGCCUCCGCUCCCGCUCCCCUUCCAUACCUGUGCUUGCUGCGGUUCAGCUCCUGGAGACGUUAACUUCUUGCCAUCCUUGGAGAAUGAUUGGAUUUAUGGAUUGCAGAAUCCCACUCCAUUGUGCUUGCUCCCUAGAAAACAAUUUCCAAGAAGAAAAGGGGCGAGGAAGGGAAUUGAUGGGCGUAAAAGAAUCAUUUUUUUUGGAAAGUGGGUUGUGAUGGAAGCGUGUUCUUUACUUGUAAAUAAUGAAUGCGUGUCAUCUGAGUAUAUGAACAAAUGAUUUCAUCCGUGCUCGAAAGACCUUCUCUGCAAGGGCAACAGUGGACAGAAAAAUGGCGGGGGACUGAUUUUCUAAUCCAGAAUCUUGAAAUGGUGGAAUUUCUCCCCUCCUCGUCAUACAUCAACCCCUUGGCAGAGGCAGAAAGGUCCUGUGAAGCCCCAAAGCUCGUGUUAAUGAAUAGUUUUCGGUUUCUGGUCUGAUUUCGAGCGAGUCCAUUGAAUCGGUUACCAUACUUUAUGGUCUCUGAGUUUAUAGUUCUAUUCCUUAGCGCCCCAUUUGGCCAUAUUCAACUUCUGGAAUGAUUUCAUAAGAAGAAACACCCUAGGAACAUGUGUCUGAUGAUGCUUUCCUCCCGACAUUAAGCCAUGGGAGGUGUUUCUGUCGUCUGACUACUGAGCUGGUUGAUGUUUUUGACAGAAAGAUGCUCCUUUUCAAAAGAUGAAGCCCCCCAAAUCCAGUUAUAUUUUUAUCUCUUAUUUUUUAGCAUGGUUUUAUGUCAUCCAAUGUAGAAAUUAGCCCCACUGAUUUAUUUUUUUUAGGGAUUUUUUUUUAUAUCUUUCUGAGCAAAGAGUGGCAUAUCUCUCUUAUUUGAUGGAGCUAACCCCUAAUGACUUGGAUAACCUGGAGAAAGAAUAAAGAACACUCUUUUACUGUUUCCAAUGCUCUUGGCAACUAACAACCUGUUGACUGUUUCUUCGGUCUUGGUUCAUACCUCACACUAAAGGAUGAAUGAAAACUAGGAAAGAAAUGCCGAACGUAGAGUUGGUGACCUAAAUCUCAUCCUAUACUAGUUUUAUUUUUUUGAUCUAUAUGAUGCCAUUCAAUACAAAUGGGCAAGUUGAAGAGGCUACGAUAGGGUGAUUUGGAAUUGAAUUCCUUGAACUCUAGUUUCUGGUGGAUUUUAGACAAAGAGGGACCUACUGAAGGGGCUGAAAAUGGAAAUUUAUUUAAGUGUAACAUGAUGGGUGUUGAGAUACAAUUGAACAGUUUAAGGAAAUAGGUCCACUGAUGCCGUACCAAGAAGUGGUUAAUGUCUACGAAUGCAGUUUUGUAAUGAGUUAAAAGUAGAAAUUUGAUUAAAAACUGACUGCCUGUCAUUUUUUACACGCUUCCAGUGCCAUGUCACAUGCCCACAAGAACGUAUCUCCUUCGUCCUCACAUGUUAAAUAUGCCAGCUCUUGUGAUCAAACGGUUAGAGCAUAGAUUCUGUUCUUUGCUUAAGUCUACCGGUUAUUUUCCUCAACGUCUUCUUUUAAAAAUGAUCAAACGGUUAACAUAGUGCAUGAUUGAUCAGUCUGUAUCACCGUGGCCAUAGGAUCAAGUUGCAAUUUUUGUUUGGGCCACCCUGAUCUACCCAUCUGCAUGGGAAGGGAAGUACAUUGUAAGGGGUAUGUGUCCAACCAUGUGUCUUGGACUCCCUUCUUUUGAUUACCGGCAUACAUUGCCUCUAAUAUGAUCCUUCCUCUUUCCCUUUCUUCCUUGUUUCACUAGGAUUUCACUUGAUUCUUUACCAGACAAUACACCGGCGACCAUAACCUGGUUGUCGGCUCCAUAUCUGCUCCUCUCUUAUCUUCGUGUUCUCUUUUUGCCAAGAGAAGAGUGAAGGGUUUUCUACUGAUUGGAUCGAGUACUAUCAUCGCCAAACUGAAUGGGCAGAAUGAUAAAAGGUUGAAUUGUAGAACCAAGACGAAGUAGCAGAAUAAAUAUUUUUCAAGGGACGUUACAAAUUUGAGUUAAACAUGUAGCUGACUAAAUUUUCCUACUUCUCAAAGAUGACAAAUUUGUUAUUUAUUCCGCUACUUGUCCCUAUAGACUCAGAUUGAGAAUUAGGGACAGACAACCUGGUUUGUCCUUAGAAUCUAAAACAUUUGGUAUAGACUCAAAGAUAUUUGCGAGGGACAUGAAAAGAAUAAAUAUUUCUUGGAAACUGGUUGGCAAAGUUAUGAUUUAAUUCCAAGAGAUAUUGCCUUGUAUUUAUAAGGGAUUCCGUGAUGAGAGGUUGGUCCAACACGUUUGAUGAAUGAAAGAUCCAGUCAUUUAAUGGGUAUUGAUGAAACUUCAAGCCUCCUCCCACUCGGUGAUGGUUUUUAAGAUGUGUCUUGUGUCACCUAGCCAAGAAACUACUGUUAAGUACCAUGUUAGCUUUUUUUGUCACUUCAAUUAACCGACUGGGAAUCCCAUUGAGUGAAAACCAUGAACAGCGAUAUUACUAAUCUGUCAGUCCCUAGUGAGUAUUCUGAGUCUUCCUGAAUAAUAUGCAUUAUAAAUUAUAUCAAUGAAAAUCAUGAGGGAUGGAUGAUCGAUAAUAGUUUAAAGCUUAUGUAUGAAAUGUCGCCAUAUGCUAUUUCUUCUUUGAGUUGGACAAUCUGAAGUAAUCAAUCGUAAAAUGUUAGUGACAUGGAGGUGCUUAGUAGCUAGUGAAAUAUGAAGAAUGAUUGCCACCUAAUAAAAAUGAACUAUGAUAUUUUUCCCCUGAAGGCGUAAUCUUUUCCUCUCAAUAAAGUAUCGCAUAAAUGUGAUUUAAAGUUAUUUAUAAUGACUGUUUUACCAAGUAUAGGGAGGUAAAACGUUUUUUAGUGCUUUGAAAGUACAAAUAAUUUUAUUUCUUCAAUCUGUGUCUGAUGCAUAUCAUUUAAUGGAAUUAGCUUGAGACAAAAUUUAUCAGAUCAAACUUUUCAUCAGGAUCUUCCGCAAUUGUUAUCCUAAGUUUGAUGAUGUGCCAUGCCCUCCUGACUAUGCCUUUUUUUUUUAAACAAAAAAUUAAUUGAUGGCCUCAGGUGUACCCUUUAAGUUUUAUUGAUGUUGAUUUAAAGAGUCAAGGGGUCACUUCCUUCUUAACCACUAGGUAUAAUAAUGGCAGUAUGCAAAAAAGAGAUGGGAGUGCAGAGGCAUUCUUUGAAGUUCUGAGAGUUGAGAGACCAGUCCCGUCUACAGCGUACACUCACAUGCAUCAAGAUUAUUGCAAACUACCCUAAGUGCGUUGGUUAUUAGGAGGCAUUGACGAACAUUCGGUCCGUCCUUUUGUGUUUUUGUGAAUACGGCUAUGCACUUUCACUUAUUGCCUCCACAUUGCUGCUAAUUCAGGGCCUUCCAUCUAAACGACCUUAUUGUCAUUCAAUUGCAUUUGCUUUCUAGGUGUAAUAGUAUUUAGUUAAAAAGUAAUUUGGCUUUACUGCACUCAACAAGUAAAAGUGGGCUUUACUGCCCGUUUCUGAAACUCUAGUGGGUGUAAACUGUUAAUACAGUUGCUCUUAAUCUCAUGUAAUGUCGUCUAAUUGAACACCGUUUAAGUUUAGUUUGACACCUUAAAGCUGGAUGGAAUCCAACCUUGCCUAAUGUGCUUCUGGUAUGUUUAUGGCUCAUGUGCUGAGAAGGUAUGCAAUUGAUAUGCAAACUAAAUGUCGACAGCUUAUUUUCCUUCAUAUGUUGUGAUCUUCUCUUAUGUAGAGUGCCAAAGAAGAUUACUUGGAGUUGAGACAAGAAGCCAGUGAUCUAAGGGAGUACUCUAUUGCAAAACUUGAUCGGGUUACACGUUAUCUUAGCGUUCUUGCGGAUAGGGUUCACAAGCUAGGUAACUCUUUGACCUGUGUUAUAUAGUAUAAAGGAAGUAUAAAUAGUAAUUCAUGUACUUUCGUGACAUUUUCAUCAUGUUUAUUACAUCUAAUCCCCUCUCUUAUUUAAAUUUUCGAGCUUUCUAUCAUUGUUUGGUUGAAAAGCUACAGUGAAACCUCAUUCCACCAGUAUCACUGUGAUAAUCUGGUCCGUGGAUUUGCUAAUAUCAUCUUAUCCUUUUCAGAUAAAGUUGCUGUUGAUUCUGAGGCAAGAAUUAAUCCAUUGGUUGUUGAGAGGAAAAGAUUGUUUAAUGAACUGUUGACAGACAAGGGUAAACAUGUUUACAGACUUUUAAUAUUUGUGGAUUCAAAACAUGAGCUUUUGCAAUCCUUGCUUUUCUUUUUCUCUGAUGAAAUUCUGAUAUUGCAGGAAAUAUAAGAUUCUUUUGUCGUACUAGACCAUUAUUUGAAGAUGAGGGUUUAUCAGUGGUCGAAUUUCCAGAUAACCAUUCGAUUCGUGUAAAUACCGGUGACGACUCUGUGGACAAUCCUAAGAAGGACUUUGAGUUCGAUAGGGUUUAUGGGCCUCACAUAGGUCAUGGUAAGGGAAUGUCAUCCCUAAACUCUUCGUUGUUAUGUUGCAUCCCUAAAAUUUGUCUGCAACAUUUUUAUAAUGAAAAAUAAAUAUUUUAACGUUUCCCUCAUCUUGAUGUUCAAACACAUUCAGGGGAAAUUUUUAAUGAUGUCCAGCCAUUUGUACAGUCAGCUAUGGAUGGAUACAAUGUUUCUAUAUUUGCAUAUGGGCAAACUCGUUCUGGAAAGACAUAUACGAUGGUUUCAGUCUGAACCAUAUUUUGUGUUUAAUAGUUCUUUAAUCAGUGUUUUGGGUCACACAUUUUACCUUAACCUUUUCUUUUUUUGGCAGGAAGGGUCCAGCCAUGAUCGUGGUUUGUAUGUCCGCAGCUUUGAAGAACUAUUUGAUUUGUCUGUUUCUGAUACAACAUCCAGAUCCCACUACGACUUUUAUGUUACUGCCUUUGAACUUCAUAAUGAACAGGUUUGUUUUCAUUUCUUUUCCAAACUUACUGCUCUUUCACAUGUUUGAUUAUGUUUGUACCCAAAAUUCCUCAGUAGAUUCUAGGCAUUGUCGUAACCUUAGAUUCCUCUGCAUAUUUAAGAUAAAUCUUAUGAUAUUGAUGACGUUAUGUUUUGUUCAAAAAAGCAGGUUCGUGAUUUGUUAUUAGCAAGCGGGGAACAUUCGUCAAAGUUUCUGAUUGGUCCACCAGAGUGGGCUGCGGAGCUUGUGGCUCAAAAAGUAGAGAAUCCCUUGGAUUAUUCUAGAGUACUAAAAGCAGCUCUAAAGUGUCGUGGAACAGAUGCUUCGAAGUUCAAUUUAUCCCAUCUGUACGAUCUAAAUUUCUUUAAUAUGCAAGAAGAGUCUUCUUUUCUCUCUCUAUGUAGCCUCGGAGUUUUCUUUUUCAGCUUUGCCUGCCUCUUUUCUCUAAGCAUUUUCUCUGAAUGGUUUCAGUUCUAGAGUUUUUAAGGCACCAUUUAUUGUGAUAAUUUUAUGAUCAGUGUGUAAAUUUGCUUUUAUUGAUGUUCUCUGUUACUCGGCCUUUUUCAGGAUAGUAACAGUCCAUAUAAAAUCCAAUGAUCACGUCACCCGAGAGAAGUUGAAUAGCAGGCUUUCUCUUGUUGAUUUGGCCGGAAGUGAGGGUUUACUUGGAGAAGAUGCUAGUGGAGAGCAUGUAAUGGAGUUUCUGCAUAUCACAAAGUCAUUAUCCGCGUAAGUUUUAUUAUGUAGGAUUUUCCUUUAUAAAUAGAGUAGAUUCUUACAUAGGUGAUUAUGCAGAUAUUGGUUAUUUUUUGCACUCGCAAAGAAAAAUUCCAGUAUUAUUUCUGGUGCAUUUUAAAUAUUUUCUCCCCUUCUCCGACAAAUAAACUCACAGACACAAAAGGAAACCUACGUCCUUCCCUCGUUCUUGCCAAGGCCCUAUAAGCCGUAGUAGCCAUCUGCCGUCUAAAAACUCAUCAAUUUCUCUGCAAGAAUAGACCCAAUGUUCGCAUGUGAAAUGGGCCACCAAAUAUGACAAUACAGCUUCCUUCUCUAAUGGUGCUUCAAAGUCAGCCAAAGUCCACUGAAAUUUCUUGGAUGCUGCUACAGGAGCAGCUAGCAGAUCUUAACUCUCUUCAUUGUCGCAAUACAGACCACACACAGUAAGGAUUUUGUCCAGAGAAGGUGCCAAAUCUUUGGAGCCACAAGUAGGGAGUCUUCCGCAUGAAAUCUUCACAUUAAAACCUUGACUAUUUAAAGUGGAUGGACUAAAUGCCUCCGUCGAGGAUGCUAUAUUAAGUCAACUUUUUAUGAAAACCCCACCUCCUUUAUCCCAUCUGUGUUGUCACAUCCGUGCGUCAGGGCUGACAAUGACCUUUUGACUAUUUAGCCUUACUAAUUUUCUAGUUAUUGGAUCUCCCCAUCUUUUAGAUUCUUCCUAAACAUCGGCCACCACCCUUGACCUGUUUCACUGUCCAGAGCAUGUAUAGUAAUGGUCUUAGGGUUAUGAGUUGGCCUGAAGAGAAGAGGGGUUUUGAUUUUUAAAGAUGAGGUCCUGCACCAAGUCUUACUAGAGCAGAGUUCUUUGCCCAUUUCCAACACAUACAUCUGAUCCGACUGUGAGUCAUCCUACCAAAUCUUUGAAAUGCCACGGAGGUUGAGUAGUACAAGAUCCUACGCCGUGUCCAAUAACUUCCAGUCAAGAGGUUCCAAAGAAAAAUUGACAGUGUGACAUCUCUUCAAAUGACACAAGCCUUCCGUCCAUGAAGCCAUUAUGCUUUCAAACUUAUGCGCAAUCCUUAAUUAGUUUGAUGUGUUUACACAACCGAAUGUCACUCCUUCCCCAUCUAAGGGUGACAUCAGCUGCUUUGAGAUGGCUCAAACUAGGUGAAAUUUUAUUGCUGCAGGAAUACUAUAUGAUUUCCAGUGAGUAUGACCUGGGGGGCUCUUAUAAAGUGGUUGGUAGGUCGUAGUCCCAGGUAAUAAUUUCUCAAAAUUUAAAUCAUUGAUCUACGUGUUUCAAACUGUAGGUGUAGUUAUGACAAACAAUGAGUCAAUUAUAAAUCGACAAUUAAUAAACGGAACAAGAUGUAUGACUUUUUUGAAACCUUUGGAAUCCUGACUUGGUGAAUAUAUCUCUAAAAGGACCAUCUACCAAGUCUUUUUGUCCUUAAGGCACGGAUGAGAAUGCCUUUCUAAUUGUAUUGCUAUUGUCCAUAGGAAAGAAUAUACACUAGCUUGUAGGCAUGCCAUUCUUCUCACAAUGUUUUCUGUUUCUUUUCUGUGCUUUGAAUUUCCUAGGAUGCGUGGGGCGGAAUUAAAUUUUGAUCUCCGAGUUGAUAGUAAAUUAGGAAUGCUCAGUUUUGUUUAGCAGAAGAAAUAAUGGACUCAAUCUGCAUGUUACCUUAUCAUUUAAAUGUAAUGUUUCUGAUUGUGGCUUGAUUCUGCCUUUUUAAUAUUUCAAUGUCUUUUUUGUCAUAUUCCGCUUUAUUGUGUGCUCACCAUUCUUUCCCACUUUCUUCACCAUUUUACUCCUGCAGACUAGGAGAUGUUUUGUCUGCCUUGACUUCGAAGAAGGAUAGUGUACCUUAUGAAAAUUCGAAGCUCACCAGGAUCCUUGCUGAUUCCCUUGGUAAUGCUUUUUUCCUGACUGUUGCUUGCCUAAAGCAUUGUUGGGUGUGGAAUUGAUCCGUACUGGAUGUUUCCCCUUUGCCAUCUGAUUGAAACAGCAUUUUCCAGCUUGUUGUAUCUUCCAUAACGUAAUAAGAUUUGUGAGCCUACUUGGUCAUGGAUAUAGAGAAAUAUGUGAUGGGAUGCAAUUGUAGAUGACAAUAUCUAUUGUAACGAGGAGAGACAAAAUUGGUGCCAUCCUACUUGCUCCAAAAUUCUCAGAGUUGUCUGCCACUACUAAUAGUAUGUUCUUUUGAUGAAAUGUGACCACAGAAUUGGGUGGGUUGCGAAAUGAUUUUAUCUUAAAUUAUGUUUCUGGCUUCCUAAAUCCUGUAACCCUUGUCAGAUCUCGCAGAAGAUUUUAAGAAAAUUUGAAACGUUUAGGUUUGCAACAAAGAACCGUUUAAACAUUCGAUGGUCCUGACAUUGUGUGAUUCUGCACUGACUUUGAUUUUGAAGGGUAGAGCCAUUCUUAGACUGGAAAAACAUUGACGUAUGACUAAUAGGACGCUAGUCUAAAAUGUUUAUUUAUGGAGAGUUUCCUUUUUGUAAAUAAGGGUUUAUAACGUUUCUUUAAUAUUUUCUAACUCUCUUCUGCUCUUCAUUUUCCAGGGGGUAACUCUAAGACACUGAUGAUUGUCAAUAUCUGUCCCAGUGCUUUGGAUCUGUCCAGGAGUUUGUCCUCCCUCAAUUUCUCUUCUAGGGCACGUAGCACUGAAAUAAGCCUUGGAAAUCGGGAUACAAUUAAGAAAUGGAGGGACAUGGUAAUCACAUGUUGUACCAAUGAGAAUUCAAAUUGUUUAAAGCUGAAUGACUUUUGGCAAAAGAGCUUCAAAAGUUCAGUUGUUUAAAGCAGAUCUCUUGAUGCUUUCUAUGAUUUCUCAGGCGAAUGACUCACGUAAACAGUUGUAUGAAAAGGAGAAGGAAGUCACUGAUUUGACUCAAGAGCUUCUUAGUCUGAAGUUGGCACUCAAAGAAGCGAAUGAUCAGUGCAGCCUGCUAUUUAAUGAAGUUCAGAAGGCGUGGAAAGUAUCUUUUACACUCCAGGCAGAUCUGAAGGUUAUUGAACGAGUUUACUGCUUUGUAAACACUUGGAUAUAUUAUAUUUCAUACUGAACAAUCCUAUGAGGCAAAUUUAAUCCACUGUUUUAUCUUAAUCUAAAUCCGUUAAGCAGUGACCUUCCUCUCUUGAUGCCCAAUAUGUUAAAUUUCAAUGAAAGGAUCAUAUUGCCUUGUCAUCAGAAUGGUCUAUGAUUGACUCCAUUUCAUGUUCGCUGGUUGUUUAUGAGAAUGAUUAUUGGGGAUUGUUUGCAGGGACUUGAUUGAGAGAUUCAGCCCAAAUAAAAGAUAGUUGUAAAAACCAUACCAGGUUUCAUGCAGUGGGGUCAUAAAUAGGCUUACUGGUAAUGCAUUGAACACUGGGAGAUGCUGUGUUUUAUGAGUAAUUUAGACUCGUCCCACUGUUAUUUUUUUUAUUUGUAGCUUUCCCUAAAAUCGAAUUCUGUUCAGAACAUGGUCAAUUGAAUUCCCAUCUCUAUGCAAUAAUCUUACUUUUACGGUGUGUCUUGGCAUGAGAGAAGCAACUCUGGAGUAUGCUAUUAAAUGUUGUCGCGACUAUUAGCUUAUUAGUCUUUCUUUCCCUCUUCCAGACAGAAAAUACACUGCUAUCUGAUAGAGAAAGAAUAGAAAAGGAGCAGAAUGCUCAGCUUAGAAAUCAGGUUGCUCAACUUUUGCAAUCAGAGCAAGAUCAGAAAAUGCAAAUUCGUGAACGUGACAUGGCCAUACAAAACCUCAAGGUAUAAGCUCGAUUUUAUAUAAUCUCCUAUGUAUGAUGCCAACAUUUAUUGAAAAAAUUUUCUUUCAAAUUAAUUUGAGCUCUAUUAGACGUGAUGUUGCUCUCUUGCAAAAUUUUCAAAUAUUUUUUGGGUUAUAUUUUUUGCUUGUGAUUGGCGUUUGGAACCUUAAAUUGGAAUCUAUACACUCUUGGGUGUAUGUCUUCCUCUUGAGGAAAAAAAAACGAGAGCCUAAAUCAAUAUUUAUGCAGCUGCCAAUUUAUUUCUACUUUUGCCUGGGAUAUCCAUGAUUGGGCUGAGACUGUACUUGCACUUUAUUUUAGCAUGGAAUUUAAAACUUUUUCAGCUCCUUGGAUGCAAAUCCAUUUUAAUGUAUUGAAAUGUUAUGUUGAAAAUGCUUCAUCUGUCUGAAACCCUGUUAAUCAUUUUAAGUGUCUUCCCUUAGGCCAAGAUCAAAGGUAUUGAAUCACAACUGAAUGAAGCCCUUAACGCUGCUUCAGCUUCAGAGUCUGGGUCCAGUGGUGUGCUUUCUACAUCCAAAGGAAUGGACGAAACUGUAGAUUCUUCUUCUGUUACUAAAAAGCUUGAAGAAGAACUUUCAAAACGGGAUGCUUUAAUACAGGUGCAUUACUUCACCAUUUAGACAUUAUACUGUAUCUUCUUCAUUCAUUUGAAUUUGAGUUGAAGUGGCCUUCAUAUCUUUUUCAUUCAUUUUUAUUUCGGAUGUAUAGCUUCUUGUGGAAAGCUUUUGUAAACAGUUUUGAUGAAAUCUAAAUUUUAGAAAAGAGUUCGUCUUCUUGUCCCUCAGCAAAAUGACUUCCGAAAAGUCCUUUGCUCUCAGCCUUUCUGUUUUCUUCAAUCUCUCUUUCCUUUUUCUACUUUUCACAUUGUCACAAGAUAACGUGCAUAUGUUUGACCAGCAGUGGGAUUCUUGGUUCAUUUAUGUAAUUUGCGAUGUUAAAUCCUUGCUACUAUGAUUAGACGUCUAUGAAAAAAUUACUGGGUAACCUAUGAUGGAGAAGGAAUCUCCAUCUUAGCUACAAUGUGUUAACCACAUUGUAUGUAUCACUCAGUCUGGUGUCCAAACUUUGCGUAGCUUAUUUCCUUCUAUGAUCACCCUUAACAUUGCAUUUAGUUAUAGACCCACUUUUACUGUCAUCAUGACAAUAAAAUUCCGAACACAUGUCUGAUUUCAAGACCGUUAAUCAGAUUUUAUUACCAAUUCCAUUUUGUUGACAAGGAUUAUUUGGAUCUGAUGAUUAGAGGACCAAAACUUAAUUUAUGGUGGUUUUUGGCUGCUCAUGAAGCUUUCCUAAAGAAUUAAGAUUUUUUGGUCUGAAAGCAAGAGCAUACAAUUGUCUUAAAUCAUCUGAUCUUGAAACGUUUGAGAUUAUGUCUGGAAUGUCCAUCCACUACCUCCUUCAGAAAGUCGACUGGUGUGGAUUUUGACGUGUAUGGUAUUAUAUGGAGUUUGAGAACCUGAAUAAGGUCUGUAGCGUAGCUCUGCUCAAUUAGGGUUUCCCUCGAUUUUUUCGUGAAAAAAUUUGAAUUAUCAUAAUUUGUGAGCGUCAGGAAAGUAUGUUUCCUAACUGGCCACAAGGACAUUAGGGCCCACUUUGUAGCAGCGUCUUUUCCAGAUUAUUGAGCCAAUUGAGGCCCAGUUGGUACCUUGUUGUUAAUCAGGUUCUCAGGAUCUCCUGUAUGUGAUGCUUAGCUCUCGUCCUAGGUUUCUGGGAUAACAUUAUUGUUGUUCAUUAAAGGUCAUAAUUCCCGACUAUUUUAGUUUCUUUUCGUAUUUCAAUCUAUGAUAAAUUUACUAUCUUUUUUUUUCUUCUUUUUGUUGCAGAAACUGCAUGAAGAGAAUGAGAAGCUGUUUGACAGACUGACAGAAAAGGCUUCAUUAUCUACGUCACAGCAGGUUGUGUUAACCAUCAACGUUUUAUGAUCCUCAUAAAGUUGAAUAGGCCAAAAUCUUAGAUUAAGAUUUAAUUUUCGUUGUAGACCUGAUUAUAUCGUUUAUUUUCCCCUUUUUUAUGGAACUGAUCUUGUCAAUUGAUUUUUUUAGGAGACAGUUAUGAAUAUAAAAUCGUCCUAGCUAUUUUUUUCCCAUUUAAGUAAGGUAGAAAAUGAUCCUCAGAGAUUUUUUCCAUGCAUCCUUCUUGAAUGCCUACGGCUUCAGGCCAGCAGAACCCUUCCUCUCUCGUCUCAGAUUAGCCCACUAUUUGCUUUGGACAGUGGCAUAUAUUUCUCAUGCUAAGCAUUUCUACGAUCAGAUUAUGGCUGUUAUGUGGUGAGUUUUUUGGCUUCGCUUGCGUUUUAUAGAUCCUAAAGACUAUAACGUCUAGAUUUUUACACAUUUCUGCUGAUGAAACAUUGUAGAAAAUAAUACACUUCCAAAGAUCUGUGGAGUAAACUGCCCUUUUAUUAGACUUGUCCUCUUAGAACAAAUAUACAAAUAUUUUGGAUUUUCUUUGGUGGAGGUUCCAAUGUGGGCGGAACUUGGAAAAUGAAUAAAUGAAAAAGAGAAGAAAAAAAUCAUCAGUGAUUUAGUAGAGGUUGCCACUGCCAUCUGUUACAUGUAGCAGUCGCAGAUACUGCAGUGAUCACAUCUGCUGGUGGUGUCGCCAGCCAUCACAACUGCAUCCAUUCUUGGUUAGAGAUCCUUUCUUUUAAUCUGCUAAAAGGGGAGGGGGGCAUGUUGAAAGUCUAAUUUUUCUAUUUGAAAUUUGAAGAGAAUUGUUUCUAUGUUUGCCUUUUCCAUUAACAUUUUCUUUAAAAUAUAUCGUUAAAGUUACCCAUUAAUUUCUUUUCUUCCUUCAUACCUUCUUUCCUGAUUACAUCAGAGGGUUGCAAUGCAAGGACUCGUGCCUAUGGCACAAGUUGCACAUAGGUUACUCUGAUUCUUUGUCGAUGACUGGACCCACUUCCCAGGUGACUUGAUCACCCUGGUGUGGUGUGGCUAUUUAGUGGUCAGCUCAGCCAAACCUCAUAGGGAUUACUCCCAGCUCAGCCAAAACCAUCAUGUAGAUUACAUGGAGCCCCUAAGUGUUUACUUUUCAGAGCGCAUUUUUUUAUUACACUAGCUUUUAGCUGACAUUUUUUUUUUCUUGUCUAUAAUACUGUGUAUUUGAUGGGUAUUCCAUGCCGUGUUCUUUUCUCUCUUAGGUGUCAAGCCCAUCUGGAGGGAAGCAGGUCAGUCCCCGCGUAGGGGAUUUGGGCAGGUAAUACUACAUAAUCUAUGUGUCGUAAAUUAGGAAUUUCAUCAAAUUUUCGAUUGGCUAAAAGUAAUAAUGGGUUUAUCUUGUGAUAUAUACGCAGGACUGAGAGUAACAAAGGACAAACAUCGGAGCUGCUUCCAUUGCCUGCACCGCCAAGUAAGGGUGGUGCAGCAGGUGCUAUAGUCAAAGUAGGCCCUGAAAAAGGAAAGACAACCCCUGCAGGGGAGUACUUAACCGCAGCACUAAUGGAUUACGAUCCCGAUCAAUUUGAGAGUUUUGCCACUGUUGCUGAUGGUGCAAACAAGCUGUUGAUGCUGGUACUACCACUUAUCUUCCUAGAUACUGUUCGAACUGAAAGAUGAUAACAUUUUAACAAACAUUGGACUCAAGAGGCUGUAUUUCAGGGAAUCUGAGAGUCCUUCGUUUUACAAUGUUUUCUGAGACUCUGAUGUUAUAUUACUUUUACCCACAGAAUGGAAAUUUCUGUGACAGAAGUACCAGAUUCCUUUGUGCUUAUUUUCAAUUUUUGAUUGAAAAUCAAGUUUCAUGGAAGGUAAAGGUGUGAAAUAUCCCGACUUAGAAUCAUAAACUUUUUUUCUUCAAGGGGUUUGGUUUUGACAUGACUGGAAAAUCAAUGAUUAUUGAUUUAGAAUCGAUAGGCGGCAUUGGCACCUUUAACGGAAUUAGAAAAAUCAAGAAUCCAUUAUAGGUGUCCAUUUACUUUUUUGUUGAACAAAAAACGUUACUCCCAGUCCUUUGAAAGUCAUCUUUUUGCAAAGACAUUACUGAAAGAUUAGGAAACAGAUGGCCAGGUUUAUAUAGCAAAUGUUCUGUCUCUAAAAUGGCCUCAAUAAUGACAAGAUAUCACGAUCGACAAUAUAAGUCUUUUCUGCUUGUGGAAGUUCGUGCUAUUAUUUAAUGGUUGGAGUGGUUUUUAAGUUAUUCUGCUUCGAUAUAAAAUUUAAGAUUUAGUUGCAUGCUCGUUUGGAGCCUACCUUCCCUAGAUUUAUUUCUUUCCAACUAGUUCAUAACUUCUUUCCAACUGUGCUGAUGUUAUCAACUUAUGAGAUCUACAAAUGCGGGUGGUCUAAAUUGUAUAUGUGCAUUAUUGUUUACAUAGGCCUAUGUUUUUCUUCUGCUGUGGUCCAAUUCUGAAACAUUAUACAAUUAUGCUUAUGCAGGUUCUUGCGGCUGUCAUCAAGGCUGGUGCUGCUAGAGAACAUGAAAUACUUGCAGAAAUUCGAGAUGCUGUUUUUUCAUUUAUUCGUAAGAUGGAAGCAAGGCGGGUGAUGGACACCAUGCUUGUGUCCCGGGUUAGGAUUCUGUAUAUAAGGUCUUUGGUUGCUAGAUCGCCAGAGCUGCAAUCCAUCAAGGUUUGAAGUCAUUUCUGCACUUAUACUGUUUUGUUGUUCUUUACCUUUCAGAGGCCCUAGUUGCUGACUCUUUUAGGGUUUUCUAGGUCGCACCUGUUGAGCGCUUUCUGGAGAAGCCCAGCCAUGGACGUAGUCGAGGUUCAAGCAGGAGUAGCAGCCCCGGCAGGUCACCAGGACAUUAUGAUUCCAACAUGAGAUCUGCUUUAGUCGAAGAGCAUCAUAUUCAUGCAUUCAAGGUCAAUAUUAAACAUGAGAAGAAAUCAAAGUUUUCCUCGAUUGUCUUGAAGCUACGAGGGAUUGAUCAGGUUCGUUAAACUCGAUUCAAGAUGCAUUCUUUCUUGAUUGCCAUUCAUGCUUGAUUGAGAUCGACACCUGGGUUAAUGAUGCUGUUACUAGUUCCGGCAUUUUUAUGUGAAAUUCAUCAAUGGUAAUGCUUCCAUAAGUGGGUUCCCUUUCAUGGUGGAGAUCACAGGAAGCUAAAUCCAUCUAUUUAGGACCACUAUCUCCAUUAGGGUAUGUUUCCUGCUGACUGUGAAUCCAAAUAUUUUACACUACUCACCCUCCUUGGCAGGAGCCAUGGCGGCAGCAUGUUACUGGAGGGAAGCUGAGAGAAAUAACUGAAGAUGCCAAAGCCUUUGCUGUUGGGAACAAGAACCUUGCUGCUCUCUUUGUCCACACUCCAGCUGGGGAGCUGCAGCGUCAGAUAAGAUCCUGGCUUGCAGAGAACUUUGAGUUUCUUUCAGUAACAGGCAGUGAUGCUACUGCCGGCGCCACUGGAGAGCUGGAGCUUCUUUCCACUGCAAUCAUGGACGGAUGGAUGGCUGGCCUUGGGACUGCCCAGCCUCCCAGCACCGAUGCUUUAGGACAGAUUCUGUCUGAAUACACUAGACGGGUCUACAUGUCCCAGCUACAGCACCUCAAGGUACCAAAAAUCUCAUAAUCUACAGAAUGAUUCUCCAUUCUAGGUAUCAUCUGUAGAAGCCUUUCAGAUAGUGUGUUAUUUUCAGUGUUGUGCAUCUAUUGAUCCUGUUUCCUUCUGUUCCUUCUCACAUAUUAGUUCUCUUCCAUAGGAUAUUGCAGGCACCCUUGCGAUGGAGGAGGCAGAAGAUGCAGCUCAAGUUCACAAGCUGCGAUCUGCCCUCGAAUCUGUCGAUCAUAAGAGAAGAAAGGUGAAUACUUUUCAUUAAUACAUGUUUGUAUACAUCUUCUGUCAGUAUUCACGUAUAUAUUUCCUCUUUUUUUAUUAGAUCUUACAACAAACGAGGAGUGAUACUGGGCUGUUACCUAAGGAAGAUGGUGGUCAACCCAUUCAAAAUCCUUCUACUGCAGCUGAGGAUGCUCGGCUUGCUUCACUGAUAUCUCUUGAUGGCAUGUUAAAGCAAGUGAAGGUCAGCUACUGCCUAGAACACGUUUUUCUUAUAAUUUCUGAUCUUUACUAGCACGGGAGAUCGUCUGGUGCUGUGCAGUUUUAUAGAAUUGAUUAAAUGUUAAUUUCGUCUGCAGGAUGUAAUGAGGCAGACUUCAGUGAAUUCUCUCACAAAGGCCAAGAAAAAGUCAUUACUAUCAUCUCUGACUGAACUCUCUGAACGCAUGUCUUCAUUACUAGACAUUGAUCAUCCAUGCGCCCAGCGGGAGAUCAGCGAGGCCCGUCAGGUCAUCGAGGUAAAGGCUUUCUUCAUCUCCCACUAGCAUCUGCAUUCUCUCACUUGUCAAAAAAAUAAAAAAUAUAGUAUGUAUAGUAUAUAUCUUAGUUUACCAUGCAGAGUUGUCAUCUUCAUAUGAUCUUGUUUUCCUAUGAUGAUAUGUCGAAUAUUAUAUUUUUUCGUCAAUAUGAUAGUUAGAUCCUGUGAUUAAGAUUGUAUGCGCCAAGUCCAGUCAUUGCCAAGUGGAUCAAAGAUAUGGUUUAGAAUUACAUAAAAUCCAUGGAAAAACGAUCAUUUAUGUGAUAUAUCCAUGUGCAGUCUAUUCCAGAAGAUGAUACCCGCUCGCAGGAGUCAGCUGACUCCACUCCCGGCGCCGAGACCGAAGUCAGCCAGUGGAACGUUCUGCAGUUCAACACUGGUUCUUCGACGCCGUUUAUCAUAAAAUGUGGGGCGAACUCAAGCUCGGAGCUGGUGAUAAAGGCUGAGGCCCGGACUCAGGAGCCCAAGGGAGGAGAGAUCGUAAGGGUUGCUCCAAGGCCUUCAGUUCUCCUUGACAUGACCCUGGAGGAGAUUAAGGACCUGUUCACCCAGCUGCCGGAGGCUCUGAGCCAGCUUUCCAUGGCUCGAACUGCUGAUGGAACAAGAGCAAGAUACUCGAGAUUAUACCGCACCUUGGCAAUGAAGGUCCCAGCGCUGAGAGAUGUGGUUGGUGAGCUCGAGAAGAGUGGGAUGUUUAAAGAUGUUAAACAGUGA